AUGUCGCGCACCUCGCUGGAGUUCCAAGUUUAUAAUGCGCGCCGAUUCGCAAGCGACACGCUGAUCGGCGGCUUUCAGUGCGACUUAGGAUUCAUAUAUAAAGCGAAGCAGCAUAUGCUGCGAGAAAAAUGGCUUGUUCUGAGAGCGGACUACCAAGAAGCUGCAGCAAGCGGUGAAAUUGACCGACUUGCUUCUUCCGACAUACGUGGAUUUUUAAAGGUAUCGGUGAAUGUUCGAAGAAGUCUCGAUCCAGCACCUGCACCUUCGUUACGCAGUACCAAAAAGCGCGAAGACGAGGACAUCCUUUUCUCAGGCUCACUUAUGCAGUAUACCAUGCUGGUCAUCUUUCAGCUUACUGAUGGAGGCUUGCUUAUUGGUUACUCGAGACGACUAUUACUCACUGCACCCAACGUUGUAUCUUGGUUACUUGAGAAGGAGAAAAAUAAGGUGGAAAAAAUCAAAUAA